AACUCUCUCACAACCGGCUUUGAAGAAUGUAUAGGUAAGUUAUAUUUCAAUUCAGUUUGAGGCAGUAAGGUUGAUCUUUGAUGUGUCUGAUCUGAGCACUAGUUGCAGCCUUUUCACUCCUGGUGGCUUGUCAACAUUAUUAACAGUUCGACAAUGAAUACUGAAUUGAGCCAUCAAAAUUAAUUAACACUUUUAGUCCUUGAAAUUUUGACAGCUUUUGUUCAUUGUAUCUUUGACAAGCCUAAAAAUAGGAUAACAAAAGACCAUAUGAGGGACAGGCCUCUAAUGUGCACAAGCACAAAAUUAAAAAUGAUAAAUUAUUUGCUUUUGAAAAAAAAAAAGUACAUGUAUGUACAUGUUUCUCCUUUUAUUAACAUACCUAUUCUGUGUAUGACCGUAUUUAUCAUAGAUAAUAUAACUUUUAUGUAAUUUUUCUCAAGAGGCUUAGUGCGUUUCUUGUAGCUCAGAAAAAUCCCCUGGCCUGUUCAUGUCUGUAAAGAGGAUGAGUCAACUCCCACAGGAAUUCCCUUGGUAAUUCCCUGAGGAACCCCAGAGGUGUGGGAUAACCAUUGAGAGGGAGGACCCAGCUAUGUUGGUACAUUUAGAUUAUUUCUUUGAAUGCAUUAAGAUGUGACUAUGCCAGUGAGCACAGAAAAUAAUGGUGGCUAUAAAAAUACCUCCCUAAAGGGCAAUGAAGAAACAACAAACACAGAAAAGAAAAUGGAAUAUUGAAUUGAUAUGAAAAGAAUAAAUUAAAAAAUGAGAAGCAACUUCAUCCCCCAGUGCCAUGGUAGAAGUCUUCAAUUAAUGCUGUAAUUCUCUCAGAGUCAAAAGUUCAAGCCCAGGUGAGCUUCCCUUGUUGAAGUCCCACCUCCCAGAAUCUCGGUAACCAAGCCCCCUUCAGUCAUGUAGCAUGCAAUGUUCUGAUGUUCUUGGAAGACUUGUGCAGUUAUCCUAUUAAAGGGUUAUCUCUGCUUUUGGCUGUGCCAAGACUUAAAGCUUAAGGUGGUCGUUGCAUGAGAUUUCCUCAGUGCUGCCAGUGCUCUCUGAGAACACUGUCCUCUCCUGCUCUCAACCUCACCACUGGCUCUCUGCAGGACUCUGGCCCAAAUCAAGCCUCUGAAGGAAUAAUGGGCGCCCACAGCUCCAACCUGGAUGAUCUCAUGGAGGAGGACAUGCACCACUGGUACACCAAAUUCAUGAGGGAGUCUCCGUCGGGGCUCAUAACGCUCUUUGAGCUCAAGACUAUGCUUGAAAUGGGCGGUAUGACAGAGGAGGCCAGCAGCUAUGUGGACCAGGUCUUCUUCACCUUUGAUAUGGAUGGGGAUGGCUAUAUAGACUUUGUGGAAUACAUCGCAGCCAUCAGUUUGCUACUGAAAGGAGAAAUUAACCAGAAACUGAAGUGGUACUUCAAGCUCUUUGAUCAAGAUGGAAAUGGGAAAAUUGACAAAGAUGAAUUGGAGACCAUAUUCAAGGCUAUUCAAGAUAUCACCAGAAGCUACGACAUCCCCCCAGAUGAGAUUGUGACUCUUAUAUAUGAGAAGAUUGAUGUCAACGGAGAAGGCGAGCUCACACUGGAGGAGUUCAUCAGUGGAGUCAGGGAUCAUCCCGACAUCAUGGAAAUGCUCACCAAGAUGAUGGAUCUUACCAAUGUCCUGGAAAUUAUUCUUAAAGGCCAACAGAGGAAAGCUGUAAACUGAAUUAACAAUGAACAAGAUGGAUUGUGUGGAGAAUUCUUUUUGGAGGGUUUUCAGCAUGCAGCAGUGUUGAGAGAAGAGUGUUUGUGCUUGACUGGUGAAGAGCCAAGUCCCAGCUCAAACUGCACAGAUUGAACUGAAUGGAUUGACUGAGCAGGCCCACGCAGACAUGAUCUCUCUCUGUGUGUGUGCCACCGGAGGGAAGCAGGGGAUUUGUCCUCUUCCCUCAGCUUGCGCUUGCACAUUCCUUCAGCGGUGGCCCUUCAGUUUUGAUAAGUUUUCAGACGUUUUUACUGGUGAUGUGUUUGGAGAGUCUCGGUGACGGGAGGCCCAUCUGCUCUCAGGUUCCCAUCAUGAUUCGAGGAGACGGCACAAAGCGAGGUGGAUAGAUCGCUUUGAUUUACCUUGUUAAGAGCUUACUGAGCCGGAAAUAUUGUAUGGGACUUUUGGUUCACAGUACUGUCAGGCACAAGAAGACAACUGCCAAACUGGUAGUGAAUGUUUUACAAAACUUCAGUACAGAAAGCACUUCCUAUGGCAUCUAUGACAUUAUUACAGCAUUUGGGUGUUAACCUAUUAACAUGUUAACAUCUAAAACACUUAAUGAGAUUGAUUGUUCUGUGUUUUGUGUUGUUGCACAUGUAGGAUCUGCAUGAAAGCAAUGCUGAUGCUUGUAGAAAAACUGGAUGGUAGCUGAAGAUCCAUGUCGUGGGUGAAUGUAAAAAAAGAAAUUGCAUGAAUUUAGUAUAUUUUACAAUAAUUAAGUUUGCAAUGUUGCCUUAAAAUCAAUACAAUGUUUUUGUUAAACUCUUUUUGUCUUUUGUUCUCUCAAUAAUCUUGACCCUGGCAGUUUAUGGUUUAAAGCAGACCUUUAGGUCAUGCGCAUCCAGAUGAUGAACACUAACUGCUGGACAAGCGAUCAUGCCACUAGACUAUGCUCCCAUGAAUAUAUAUUUCAUCAGACUGGUAUGAUGAAGAACCUUAAGUUCAGCACCUCACCUCAGUGGCGAUUAAAUUUAUAUUUAUGGGAGUAUACGCUAGUGUGCGGACUCUUGUUUUUCCAUCCAAAGCAGAC